AUAAGGUCUAUGGAGCGACCAUACCGUAUUAUCUACAUCGUUAUUCGUUAUACUAUUAUUUAUUAACUAAACUACUAAACUUUUUUUUUUAUUCAAAAUAAUUUUUUGUGUAUGUAGUUUCUUCUCCAUGAUGACGCCAUGUUAACAUUUUUAACAUGGAUUCUUCCGAGUUCUGUGUAUUUUAUUUUUUCAUUUUUAUUAAGCAUUUAAGCCUAAUCGCUGCUGAGUACUGAGUACUUAGAGUACUGACUACUGACUUCAGAGUCAGACUCUUGAAUGCCAACUGCUGGGCGCUGAUUGCCAAUUGUCGAGUGUCACGAAGUUUCGUAUAUCGAAGUUGAUUCAUCUUUCAUAAAUAGUAAAUGCAAUUUGUUUACUCAACAUAAUCAACUAAAUAUCUGGAGUAGUAAUAAUUAUUUCGAAUCGUAAAUUUUACAUUUCUUAUUUUUGAUCCCGCCUACCAGUGAAUGGUCUCCAGUAUGGGUUAUAGCAGAAACCCAAUAUCGUCAUCGAGAGAUCGUAGACGUGGACGGGAUAGACGAAGUCGAAGUCCAAUACGACGACGAGGUGGUGGUCGAGGAGGUAGAGGUGAUCCAGGCUCUAACUUACGUAAACCUCGAUGGGACACAAAAAAACUUGAACCAUUUAAAAAAGAUUUCUAUUUGCCACAUGAAGCUGUCCAUAACAGAUCAAAAUCAGAUAUAGAAAAGUACAGAGAAGAGAAAGAAAUAACAUUAGUUGGUGAAAAUAUUCCAAAACCAAUAUUUAAGUUUGAUGAAAGUGGAUUUCCUGAAAUCAUAAUCAAAGAAUUAAAGAAACAAGGUUUUGUUGAGCCUACUGCUAUUCAAGCACAAGGAUGGCCAAUAGCUUUGUCCGGUAAUAAUUUAGUUGGUAUUGCGUCUACUGGUUCUGGAAAAACAUUAUCGUAUAUUGUUCCUGCAUUAAUACAUAUUUCUCAUCAACGAAAAUUAUCUCGUGGUGAUGGACCUAUUGUAUUAGUAUUGUCUCCYACUCGAGAAUUAGCUCAACAAAUACAAACUGUUUGUGAUGAUUUCGGUGAUGCAUUUGGAGUUAGCAGUACAUGUUUAUUUGGAGGUGCACCAAAAGGUGGUCAGGCGUCUGAUUUAAGUCGUGGAGUUGAACUAGUUAUUGCUACACCAGGUCGCUUAUUAGAUUUUCUUGAAAGUGAACGUACAAAUAUGUGUCGAUGCACUUACCUUGUUUUAGAUGAAGCUGAUAGAAUGUUGGAUAUGGGGUUUGAACCACAGAUUCGGAAAAUUAUUGAUCAAAUAAGACCAGAUAGACAAGUAUUGAUGUGGUCAGCAACAUGGCCUAAAGAAGUGAAGAAUUUGGCUGAAGAAUUUUUAGAUGAAUAUAUACAAAUAAAUAUUGGUUCCUUGACAUUGGCAGCUAACCAUAAUAUCCAACAAAUUGUUGAAGUCUGUCAAGAAUAUGACAAAGAAACAAAGUUAAUAUCUCUUUUAAAGAAAAUAAUGGACGAAGAUGAAAAUAAAACUAUUAUUUUCAUAGAAACUAAACGGCGAGUGGAUGAAAUUACAAGAAAGAUUAAAAGACAUGGGUAUUCAGCUGUCUGUAUUCAUGGUGAUAAAUCACAAUAUGAAAGAGACAAUGUUUUGAAAGAUUUCAGAGAUAGUCGUUACCCUAUAUUGGUUGCAACGGAUGUGGCUGCUCGUGGACUUGAUGUGGAAGAUGUGAAGUUUGUAAUCAAUUUUGACUACCCUAAUAAUUCUGAAGACUAUGUACAUCGCAUUGGUCGUACCGGUCGAUCUCACAAGACGGGUACAGCUUACACAUUCUUUACACAGUCAAAUGCCAAACAAGCUGCAGAUUUGGUUUCAGUUCUUACAGAAGCCAAUCAAACUAUAAGUCCCAAACUAAAAGACAUAGCUGACAACUGGCGUUCAAAUGGAUUUUCAGGAAGAGGUGAUAGACGACGUGGAUGGAGAAGUGGUAGAUCAAAAAAGUCUAAGAGUCGUUCAAGGAGCCGUGAUCGCUAUAAGCGUAGAUCAAUUUCCAGAUCUAGGUCUAGAUCAUACUCUAGAUCAAGAAGCCGUAGUCGUUCACGGUCAUAUGAUAGACAUCGAAGACAUAGACGUAGCAGGAGCUCGGAUUAAUGACAAUUAGUGAACAAACAACAAUUUUUCAUUUUGUUGUUUUAUAUUUUUACAAUUUUUAUGUUUAUUUUAUUUAUUUAUUUUUUUUUUUUGUUUUACAAUAAGAUUAAUAUUAUUUUGUUUGAAUGUUUAUUCUCAAUAUUUUUUUGGUUUAUAUUUUCGAAUUACUUCAUUAA